CAUGCCACAUGGCCCAAAUCACAGGAUGGAGUGAAGUUUGCCUUUUUCUACGUCACUGUCCAAAGAGUGUUCCUUUCCCUCCAAAACAUGCCCAAUCGUUAAUAUUAAUAGAGUUAAAAAUAAAUACCAAACAGACACAGAAGUAGGCCAUCCAUGGCGAAUCAUUCUGAUUCAGAACGAUACUUUCAAUUUAGGGUUCAUCGUAGCAAGCAAAAUGGCGGAGAGCAUCAGUCGGACGUCUUGCUCCGCUUUCAGGGCUCAAUCACAACCACGAGGGCAUAUUAAGUUGCAUAGCUUAUACCAACAAUGGUGAGUCAAUGUCAGAAAGAAAUUGUUGCUGAUGAGGAUAGAACAGUGAGUAUUGAGAUCAAAGAGGGUGAUGAGAGAGAUAUUUCCUCACUUAGCAGCAAUGAGUGGCUAAACUUCAUAAUAGAUGCUAGAGGUGAGUCUCGAUCUGGAAGCAUCAACUCACUGAAGCCCAAAAUACAGAAGGUUCAACCUAUGCUUCGCGAGGUUGAAUCCAACAAGAAGUGCUAUGAUCCCCGGGUGGUUUCAAUCGGUCCCUACCACCAUGGGAAACCAGAGCUUGAAGCUGGUGAAAGGAUCAAAAUUCCACUGGCACGAUUGUAUUUGAAAGACAGUAGUAAAGAAACGGUCCAUGAAUUAUAUAAGGAGGUGGUCAAUGUGGCUGGUGAAGCCAGGAAAUGCUAUGCUGAGGGCUUGACAGAUUUCACCGAUGAGUCAUUUGCUCGGAUGAUGUUCCUUGAUGGCUGCUUCAUCCUUCAGUACAUUUACGGCAUUGUAAAUGCAAUUCCCGAGGUUUCGGAGAUAAUUCACCAUGCUCCUUUGGUGCGGCGAGACUUGUUCUUGUUGGAGAAUCAACUCCCUUUCUUAGUGCUCCAAGUGCUAAUGCGCUUGAAAUCUAAAAAACACGAGGGUGAAAAAAUGAUCACGGCUUUCAUCAAGCGCAUUAGGGGCGAGCCUGGUGAAAGAGGUGGGCUAAUGGAAAAAAUUGAAAACUUCUUUCAGAAGAAUGUUUGGAGGACACAAAGCCAUCGUGAGAUGAUGCAGCAAAGGAAUUCUGAAGACAACCCCCCCAUUCAUUUUCUUGAACUUGUUCGCAGGCAAUAUAUUGAUUCAACAACUUCUUCCAUCGGGUGUCACAUUACUGGUGAUUGGUACUCUCGUCGGUCAGCCAGGGACUUCACGUCAGUUGGGAUCCAGUUCAAGCCAAGCAAGACAUCCCAAUUGACAGACAUAGAUUUCAAGUCUACAUGCACUUCUGGGACUCUCCAACUUCCUCCAAUUAUCGUUGAUGACAUAACAAAGUCUAUUCUGUUGAACUUGGUGGCCUAUGAGGCCUGCCCGGAUAGUAUAACUGAUGUUGGUGUGACCUCGUACAUAUGUUUCAUGGAUUCUCUUAUUGAUCAGGAUGAAGAUGUGAAGGUGUUGAGGGCUAAGGGUAUAUUGAUCAACUUUCUUGGUAGUGACGGACAUGUGGCUGAUCUUUUCAAUGAGAUAGCCACUGAUUUGGUUCCAAGCCCUCAUGCUUAUGUUGAAGUUAAAAAGAAAAUUGAAAAGCAUCAUAGAAGCCGCAUGAAGAUUUGGGUAGCAGAUUGGCUUCAUACAUAUUUUAGGAACCCUUGGACUUUCAUUGCUGUCACUGCUGCAAUUUUGGCCAUUACAUUGAGUGUCUUUCAGACUAUCCUUGCUGCAAUUCAGACUUACCUCACUGCCCAUCCACCAAAAGACAUAAAAGGGUUUUCAGGGCUCGAAAUGAUGAAAAGGCGGAUGUAAUAAGCUUAUUAAUAGCACUUGGUAGCUGGAUUGUUGUUUAUCCUAUGCCUUCCUUCCAACUGGCGUGCUAGUGCUAACGAUGGAUGAUUGUGAGAAGGUAUAACUUUGACCGAAAAUGAGCUAUCUCCAAGUAGGAGGGUAGUCCAAGGAGAAGAAUCAUGUGGAGGGAGCAGCAGCCACGACCAACCUCUGGCCAUUGCCGACGAGCACAAUGUGCAGCUGAGUGUAGUAAUUCAAAGCCCUCCAAAGCCCUCCGAGGCCAGAGCCAGAGCCAGAGUCUUGCGAUGAGUGGCUAAAUUCCAUAAUGAAAGAAGGAGGCGAGUCUGGCAAGUCUGGUGACUCCUCAAACAACACAAUGCCAGAGCAUAAGAUGCAAAGAGUCCCCCAGACGCUUUGGCAGAUGGAGUCGAAGUUACGACAGGAAUUACAUUGAUUGUAACUUAUUAAAGCUUUCAUAUAAUAUGAUUGCGGUCAUAGAGUCGAAGUUACGAUACAAUUAUAUUGAAUCGUAACUUAUUAAAGCUCCAACAUGAUGUGAUUGCGUCAUAACUUCCAACAUAUUACCCAUUACUUUAAGCAUGUUAAAUCAUAACCGAGGUGAAUGGUACCCACAAUAGAAUUUGCUCUCACUUUAUAAAGAGAAAAGGACAAAGAAACAUAUUGUCCAGACAAAACUCAUGAUGUACGCAACUUGGUAGAGAAGUGUUUCCCAUCCAUCUAUUCUUUCUUUAUUCCCUAUCCAAAAAAAGAAAAUUCUGUGUGUGAUUUGCGUGUUUACUCUACA